AUGCCGCCGCGCCAACAGCACAAGCGUGCCCCCGAGCCGCUGUCCCUCUCCCUCUCGCCAUCGUCGCCACCGCUGCUCCUCGAGAGCCCGGCAAGAGCAGGGCGCAACGGCACCCCAGCGCCAGCCACGCUCCCCGGUCUGCCCGCGACGCACGACUCGGGGUCGAUCGGCCGCGCGGCAGGCAACAGCGGCGGCCGAUACACCCCGCUCUCGUGGCCUUCCCCGGCCAUGGCGUUCCUCGACGACAAGCCGCGCCCUUUCGGCACGCGCUGGGCGUCCGACUCGAUGGCGCUCCAUGAGGACUUUGUGCAUGAUGGCCGGCUGUUGGUGGUCGUCGGGAGCGGCGAGGCGGCCGUCGGGUUCAAGGUUAAUGGGCAUUUGAUGUGUGUUGCUAGCGCAGUCUUCGACUCCCUCGUAGGCGAGUACGUCCGCAGCUCGUCCCCGUGCGCGCUGUACCUCGACGACAGCGUGGGCGAGCUCAGCAUCUUCCUGCGGCUGUUCAAGCUGGCGAGCGUGGUGACCGCGGGCAUGUGGGAGCCCGGGUGGGUGCCCGACGUGCACGAGUACCUGGUCGGCUUCCGCCUCGCGACGAAAUACAAGCUCGGCGACUUGGCGAGCGUGCUCGGCGCCAAGAUUGUGAGCCAGAGCGUCGAGAUUGUCAGCCGGCUGUCUGUCGGCCGGGACUUGGUUGCGCUCCUCCGCCUAGCCCACGACAUGGAAUCGGAGCGCAUGUGGGCCGUCGUGCUCGCCGACCUGCCAAACUGGGGCCGCACGCUCAACCUGUUCAAAUUCAAGGCCGCCGACGUGGACAUGAUCGGCGCGGACGUGUUGAAGAUUCUUAUGGCGAUCGCGGCGCUCAGCGUCGGCGGGGAGCUGUUCGAGGACACGCGCGGGAUCAAGGUGACAUACAAGGAUGGUAAAGCCCUGGUGUGGAAGUCUAUGGCGCCCGAGUCGCGCCGCUCGAGCAAGGAGACGAACCGGUCGCAGCAUCGGGCGUAG